AUGGGUAAAACAUCUAAGUUACACACUCGCAUUGUCAUGGUCAAUGACGUUCGAAAUGGUCAAGUUUCAGGAACUAUAUACUGCAUUGGAAAGAAUGGAAUGUCGAUUCUUACUACAAAAUUCGAUUCUUUCAGAGGGCAUUUGAAACAAACAGCAGAGCCAAUCGGAAUGGAGUAUCAUGAAGUAGAAAGGAACAUCUUACGGUGCUCAUGGAAUCCUCAAUCUUCAGAAAUACAACUUCUUGAAGAUAAUGGAGUGAGAGUUGAAGAUCAACCUGUAAACACUAGAACAGAGACACAACGCUAUGAUCAAGAUACUCAAUUACUUUCAGAUCUUACAACUCCUCCCAAUAGAGUAAAUUCUCAACCUAUUUCUAAUGAUAACAGCUAUGGAUUCCCUGAAUUCUUAGAGCCAGUAGAUGACCAAUUCAUAUUUGAUAAUAGUAAUAUCAAUAUCCAAAUUGCUGAUGAUUUUCUCUUAAUUUAUUAA